AGAUGCGUUGCCUCUGGAGAUAUCGUCCGCUUCGUCCCUCAGAAUGACGAUUCCCCCUCGUUUCGUGCUCGGACGCGCUCCCCUCUCCAUACGCACAAAAAAGAAGUGCUUGUUGAUCAAAAGCACUAUCGCCGCUACGAUCAAGGAUAUUGUGGGCCACACUCAUGUCAAGGACGCACCCUACAAUCCGGCAAAUUGGGAAAACGAGUUUGAUUUCGAGGAACGAGCUCGCAAGGACGUUCGAGAAUUGAGAACGCGCCACUACUACAUCCCUCCCGAGGGCCUCUACGACCCAGCUACCGAGGACGGAACCACGCAAGAGCAACUUCGCCCAUCAGAAGUGCAGUCGGCCGCCGCCGCCCUCGACUACGGGUGGAGAGAGCAGAGCCAGCAAGCGCCCACUCUCGGGAUUUUCCAUGCCCUCACCGCCAUCAGCCUCAAACAAGUACACAACCUGGGAGGUGAGCAUAUGGGAUCCAACAUGGCAGGUCAGCUGUCUCUCGCAAACCGCAAGAGCGGCAGCUCCGGAGACCCGGCUGUCCCCAGUGACAAUGGCGACAGGGAAACAGAAGGCGACGGGGAAUCAAAAGUCGACCAAGAAGACUAUUUCAUCACACACAGGUUCUGUCCAGACAACGUUGAAACUCUUCAAUUCGACGAGCCCCAAUUGUUUCUCGACCUGGCCAGAGGCGACCUGAUGUGUGAGCUUAGAGUUCUCACACUGCCAGUGAGCCCUGCGCACCAGUCGGUGUUUACGCCAAAGCCGCCGCGCCGCGACGGACGAGAACUCGAGCAUCCGCAUAACAAGAAGCAGCGGCUAUUGAAGGGCAAGAUUGGGUGCGUUCCCGCGCGCGGGCAGCAAGAUGUGCCAAGAGAUUGGCAGUACUGGUGGGGCCGCCAUCCGGGCCCGAUACAGGGCCUGAUGGAACUUGAGGGUCGGAGGUACUGGAGCGACAACCGCUUCUACAACCAGGGCACGAUCAGCAUGGAGCCGUGCCCGGAUUGGCUGCGCGCCAGCAAGUCGACCGACCACUCGGUCAAGUUCCGGCCAGCGCUCGGCAUGCAUGGCAAGCCGUUCCGGCCGUUCCAGCAGCGGAUGCGGGCCUUCACCCCCAAGGACCUGGCCGCACAGGGGGACCUGGCCAGCGGCACAGGGGUCGUCGGUGAAGGCGCCGAAAGAGUCAACCCCACGCGCUCGGCCAUCUCCAGGAAGCUCAAAGAGCGGUUGGCGCGUCAUCAAAAGCCGCUCCGAGAGCAAUCAGCGCCGGAAAUCGCGCAGAUCGGCGCGGCGGACACGGUUACACCCUCUACCGUCUCCCAUCACGACGCCCAGGCCGACGCCAGGCUUUCGUUCGACGACUUGUGGAACAAGUAUGGCAGCAGUGAGGAGGAGUAGUGGCCGAGACUUGACCACUAGCUCGCUGGCGAGCUACAUGGCGCGCUGCCGGAUCAGUUACGGCUUCGUCAUCACCGAUGCCUGCCUUGUC